AUGGUCGUGUCGGCGCGGAGCUGGCUCGCCAACGAGGGAGGAAAACACUUUAUCCUGAUGCUGUGGUUGGGAGCGAACACCUGGCUCUUUGUCAAAACUUUCCUGAUGUACUCCAGAGGACAGCAGUAUUACUACCUUUACAAGAUGCUUGGGCUUGGAUUGUGCAUCAGCAGGGCCUCUGCAGCCGUGCUGAACUUGAACUGCAGCUUGGUGCUCUUGCCCAUGUGCCGAUCUCUGCUUACUUUUGUUCGAGGAACACACAUGUUAUCAAGCAGAAAGACCCGGCGACUACUAGACAAGAGCAAGACAUUCCAUGUGGCUUGUGGGGUUGCCAUCUGCGUCUUCUCUGUUGUUCAUGUUUCUGCCCACCUGGUGAACGUUGUCAACUUCAGUAGUGGCUACUCUGAUGACUUUCCCGCUCUUAACUUUGCUCGCUACAAAGGAGAGGACCCAAAGUUAAUCAUUCUGACCACAGUUCCAGGAAUCACUGGUGUUCUGUUGGUUGUCAUCCUUUUUCUGAUGUUCACAUCUUCCUCUUAUUGUGUACGAAUAUACAACUAUGAGAUAUUUUGGUACACACACAACCUCUUCAUCAUCUUCUAUAUCAUCCUUAUGGUACACAUGGUCGGAGGAGCGCUAAAAUAUCAGACCAACAUAGAGGCCCAUCCCCCAGGAUGCCUGCGAGCCAAUAGCAGCAGUGCAGAGCAACAGGAGGAGGAGCUGGAGCAACGUAAGGAAGAGGGGAUACGAUGCAGGGCAGAGGCUCACUUCCAGCCUCACUGCCCCCAGACAUGGCUGUGGGUGUCUGGUCCUCUGUGUCUCUACUGUGCGGAGCGUCUCUACCGCUACAUCCGGAGCAGUAAUCCAGUUACCAUUGUUACUGUCAUCAGGCAUCCCUGUAAUGUCAUUGAGUUGCGAAUGCUCAAGAAGAACUUUAAAGCUCUCCCAGGGCAGUAUAUUGUUCUCAACUGUCCCGACGUCUCAUCAUUUGAGAACCAUCCUUUCACGCUCACGGCGUGUCCUACAAAGAACAAGGAAACAUUUGGCAUCCAUCUUCGGGUUGUGGGAGACUGGACUCAGCGCUUCACGCAGCUGUUACUUCCUGACAUGAGGAGAGACUUGGAUGUCCUCCCUGUGGUGCAUCAGAGGAGAUACCCCAAGCUUUAUGUUGAUGGUCCGUUUGGAAGUCCUUCAGAGGAAGUUUUCAACUACGACGUCAGCCUUUGUGUCGCGGGAGGGAUAGGGGUCACGCCGUUCGCCUGCGUGCUAAAUGCUCUGCUUGACGAGUGGAAGAGGUUCAGGUUAAAGAGGUUAUACUUUGUGUGGGUCUGCAGGGAGCUCCAGUCCUUCUACUGGUUCGCAGAGCUACUCUGUGCUCUACAUCAUAAGUUAUGGCAUGAAAACAGGCCUGACUACUUUAACUUGAAGCUCUACGUCAGUCAGGCGGACAACCUACAGUGCAUAUCUGAGGAGAAAUACCGUCCGCUUGCGUCACGACUGCAGGUGGGACGACCCAAGUGGAAGUUACUAUUGGAUGACAUCGGAAGGACUAACACGCAUAAGCGAGUGGGAGUUUUCUGCUGUGGACCCAAGGGCAUUUCUAGGACUCUUCACAGACUCUGUAACACAUCUCAGUUCCCUGGAACAACUUUUGAAUUUAACAAGGAGUCCUUCAGAUGA